AUGGAUAAAAAAUUAAAAUGUGAGGUUGAAUGGGAUCGUUUAUCGGUGUUGUUUGAGGAAAAACGUGCAAAAGAUCUGAUUAUUAUGCGUAAUUCGGACGCAUUUUUAUCAUUUCAACAAAAAUUGGGCGAUGGUUAUUUAACGUCGUGGCAAUUGUGGCCGGAGUUAAUUGAACCCUUGGAACGGAAUAAACUUGAUAUCUCUCAUUACUUGUAUACGGCGGAAAAAUUGGGCACGUCCGGUGAACAACCUAUUUUGGACGAAUUUAUAAAGUUCCUGCACGUUACAUGUCGUUGUGGUGUUGAAACGGAAAUACUUGAAAAGGCUAGGAAAAUUGUAUAUUCGCCAACACCGUGGAAAGUAUAAAAGAUUAUAUUUUGAUAAUUGGUUGUCAUAGCAAGGGCAACGUUGUAGCGAUGAAGUCGAAAAAACAAAGUGGCGGUAACUUUAAUGGGAAAAAACAUCAACGUAGUAAGAAACAGGAUGGUGGUAUCUGGGGUAUUAUAUUGGAUCAUGAACUAUCGAAAAGGACAAAAUAUAAAAGUCAAAAUCCCUACAAACCAAAAAAACAACGCGGUGCGGGUGGUGCGGGUUUCAAUUGGGAAACUUUAAAACAGCUUCCGAGAGUGUAUAGAAAAGUUAAGGGAAAAAAGAAAAGAUAA